UUUGCUUAGGAGUUCACUCCAGGCCGGGGUUGUUCAUGAUAGUCUGGAUUUGUUAAGAUCUACGGUGAGUGCUCCAAGCGACUACCGGCCCAUCAUCGGCUAUGGAUGCACCUACCGCUGUCAUCGUAGUCUUGGUAUCCUGUUUGCUGAUGACAAGCGACGGUGUGUCGUCAUCAGGACAGGGAACUCACAUUCACCAUCAUCGGAAUCACACACACCACAUCCCGAGGACGUUGUCUUCUGCAAGCAGCCACGAAUUUCUCCACUCUGACCAACAACAGAGGGCAGCACUGCCGGAGUUCAUGGCAAUGGAGGCCGCCCCAAUAAACAACGAUGGCAUACAAGAUUCAGAAAGUCCUGAAACAGGCUUGGGAGCUGGAAACAAAACAGGAGAUGAGCAUCGUAGCCAUCAUCAUCAUCCUCGCCAGCAUCCUCAAGUGGGUGUUGAAGCACCAGAGAAUGACACGGAAAUCUUUCGAGAGAGUCAUCUAAAUAAAAACGAAUCAAAUUCGGGAUAUCGGCAUCCCCAACUGCAUCUAGCCAGGGACGUGUCUCCCAGAGCUGAUGACAGCAUCACCUCUAGGAAUCAUCUGGCAAACGUAUCCUCUGACAAAACAGCAACGGAGGAUAAACCCACCCAAAAAGAUGUCAAAAAGAAGGCAGAGGAAGAGCUCAGACAUAAUUUCCCAACAGGUGAUCCCUCUGUAAGAUCCGACCAUGCUGUACAUCUCCCUCUUGUCCGUGCCCCCAAGCUCUCGCCCCCACAUGUAACAAUGGAUGGUUCAGGUGGCACUCAUGACCAUCAGGAAAUGGAUGAUGGUAAGACAGAAACAAUGCAAGAACACGGAAUGCAGAAAACCACAGCCAACCUCCAGGCAGUCGAGAACGAACCCCGACGGGCAUGGCCCACUACGCUUGGGACUCUGCUUCACGAGCAGCCCUUUGUUCCAUCAGCUACCACGAAGCAUCCAGACUCCAGAGAUUCCUCCUCUCAAGGCUGGGAGGCUCUUCAUACCGAAGACGAGACCCAUCAAGCAAUUAAUAAUUUCUCAACUAGCAACCCCGACACUCCAAAUACAAAAACGAGCCAAGUUCUUUCCUUUCAAGGAGCAGUAGAUAUUCUGGUUAAGAUGAAGAGUAUAAUGCUGCCAUGGCAACAACCUGAUGAAGACGUAUCCACGGUUGUCACGUACACUCAAGUGUAUCCAACAGUCUCCUCUGAUUCCAUAACAUCAGAAGCCAAAGAUGACAAAAUUCAUAGGAGUACUGAGGAAACAAAACAGAAGCAUAUUCACCACCAUCAUCAUCACAAUCUCUCCCACAAUUCGUCUUCGAGACCAGAUCAUGCCAAACCAUCGACGUCCCUUGAAUCCUUGGCAACAGAAACCAUCAAUGGCAAAGAAAAUGCAACAGAUGGAAAGCCGAAAUAUGAGCACCAUGAUCAUCACGUCCGUCCCAAUAUAAAUGCAACUUCAAAAUUAGAAUCCACCAAUCUCUACCAGCAACAUUCUAUGACAACACCUGCCCAUCCUGUAGCAGUCGAGUUCAACGUUGACAAAACACACGGGGAAGACAGGACUUUCCCCAGGAAGUCGUUAAGUGGAUGGGACCAUAUAGAAAUGCCAAAUGACAAAAUAUCAACGACCUCUAGUGCUCCUUCAUUUGAGGGAAAUACUAGGCACGAUCUUCCUACUAUCAAUGAACCGACCACACAACUGCCUUUCAUUAAGAACACCGUGGCAAAGUCUACUCGAACAGUCCCUCCACAAUUAUUUCAAACAGUCCCGAGCAACACCGACUCCUCGAUGCUGCUCAGUGAGCACCUUAAGCCUGUCAGCUCCUCGAGGGCUUCGCCAACACAGCGCCAUUCUACCGUCAAGAGUCAAGCCAAAACUACCCUGGUAUUUCAGCGGGAACAAUGA